AUGAAGGGCUCUUUGGCAUUUCUUAUCGCCUCUUUGGCUAGUUCUGCUGUUGCAAGUCCCAGUUGGCGCUCUCUGUUUGGUGUUGAGAAACGUCAGGCUGGACGAUGCGGUACAGGCUUUGGAGGAGUCUGUGGGGCGAAUGAAUGCUGUUCUAGUGCUGGAUGGUGCGGAAAUGGAUAUCUCUACUGCUCUGCUCCCUCGUGCCAGAUCGAGUAUGGUCCUGGCUGUGAUGCUAAUGUUCGACCUACUGGACCGGAUACUACCAACAUUGCUCGACCCAAAGUUGGCAGUAUUCCUUAUGGCCAGGCAAUCUAUCAUUGCAGCCACAAUGGCGACAUUGCUUUGACGUAUGAUGACGGGCCGUACACCUACACGGAAGACCUUCUUGAUCUUCUCAAGCGAUACAACGCCAGAGCUACCUUUUACAUCACCGGUAGAAACCUCGGCAAAGGCGCUAUCAAUGACGCGGCUACACCAUGGCCAAGUCUCAUUCGCCGCAUGAUCAAAGACGGCCACCAAAUUGCCAGCCAUACUUGGUCUCAUCAGCGUCUUACAACGCUCAGCCGCGCCAAGUUCUGGAACCAGAUGAUCUUUAACGAGAUUGCCUUUUCCGACAUCCUCGGUUACUUCCCCACGUACAUGCGUCCCCCGUACUCAGCCAGCAAUACCACCACGGAUGCAUGGCUGGGCGAGCUGGGCUACCACGUAACGUACUUCAACCUCGACACGGAGGGUUAUCUGCAUGAUAGCCCAAACACCAUCAGCACGUCAAAGGCAAUCUGGGACAACACCGUAGAAGGUCGCAGUCCCAGCUCCAACACGUGGCUGCACAUCGAGCACGACCCUGUCUACCAGAGCGUCUACAACCUCACAGAGUACAUGCUCAAGUCGCUCACCCGCAACAAAUUCUCCGCCGUGACAGUCGGCGAGUGUCUGCAGGAUCCCAAGGCGAAUUGGUACCGCCAGCGACGUUCCCGGCCACGACCAACGGGCGGUGCGGCUCUGGACACGGCGGCGCCACGUGCAGAGGCGAACCAAACGGCGAGACGUGCUGCUCUCAGAACGGAUGGUGCGGCUCCACGGACGGUCACUGCGGGAGGGGCUGUCAGCCUGUCUUCGGGACGUGCAGCGGCAUGUCGGAGCCGGGUGUUCCGGAGCCGACGAGCAGCACGCGGGGCCGGUGUGGGGCCGCGUUCGGGGGCGCAAAGUGUUCCACGCCCGACCCGUGCUGCUCGCGAGCGAACUGGUGCGGCAGCUCGAGCGAUCACUGUGGGACAGGGUGUCAAAGCGGGUUUGGAACCUGCACUUGAGGGCACGGGUGGGUUUUAG